CGUCCAUUUCGUAUAAACAAAACAUUUGUAUUUUUUACAAAUUAACGAGUUUUUAUCCAGUAUAGACUGUUUGUAAUAUGGUGUAUAAUGCCCAGUUAUUCCCGCCAACUACACAGAAGUACACAUUUGCACGCUAAUUACUAAUUUUUAUUAACAAAAUUGAUAAUGUAAUAUUCCAGCAAGAAUUUGACGUUUUAAUAAAUAAUUGAGACCGUGAAUCUUGCUUUGGAAGCCGUUGAAAAGUCACCGCCUCAGAUUAAGGUUAAACAUUGGACCUAAGGCGUUUUUUAUUAUUAUAUUUUGCAUGGUUUUUAAUCAUAUUUUUAUUUAUCCAAGUGCUUAUUGUUUAAACAAUAUUUAUAAUGUCGCAACAAAAAAAUUAUGGAUCUUGCAAUGCUAUUUUUUCAACUUAUCCUAUUAAUUUCAACAAAGAAAAUAAUCCACCUUCAAAAAUGCUACAUGGUAAAAGUAACCAGGACCUGGAUAAAAUAACAAUGGACAAGUCAAAGCUAAAUAAAAAAAAAUCUACGUCAGUUGAGACGGUGACACCUAAAAAGACAGACUUGGCGUCACAAGGCAGGAUGAACAGCAGCCCAGCAUUUAGCAGUACAAGCAAAUCUAAAUCAACGACGACUCUCAGGCAAGACAGGCUUAAAAAAGCAAUGUCUGAUGAUAAACUCAAGACACCCAAGUCCCGAGGGUAUCACAUGCCGACUGAAAAGUCACCGGUGACACAUUUCUGUUCGGCCAAACCUCCAAGGACUGAUGGUACGCCCUUCAGGACUCCCAGCAAAAAGUUUUUCAGUGAUCACUAUUUGCACCAAUCUACGCCGGAUUGUUUUGGUGUCGUGCAAUUUGAGACACCAAGAGGCAAGAGUGACGUUGCUACUGAUGAACCGACGAUUUAUGAAGGAGAAACUAGUAAUUUAACUGUUGGCAUUAGAGUUAGGCCCAUGAACUCAAAAGAAUUGAGUGACCCAAAAGUAAUGUCAAUCGUCAAAGUCCAAGGAACGAACAUCACAGUAGACUGCGAUGCAUCACAACAUACAUUUUCAUACGACCAUUGUUUUGUUUCAUACGCAAACACCGCCAGAGCGAACCAUGCCAGCCAGGUGACUGUUUUCAACAGCAUGGUGUCACCGUUGGUACAGAACGCCUUUGAAGGCUACAAUGUCUGUCUUUUUGCCUAUGGGCAAACGGGUUCGGGAAAGAGCUUCAGUAUGAUGGGUGAGUCAACUCUUUCGAACGACUUAGCGCCGUCAGAAGAUGCUGGAAUAAUUCCCAGAUUCUGCUACGACUUAUUCUCCCUGGCUGCUCGCAACAGUCACUACACAAUUGGCGUGGAGAUCAGUUACUUUGAAAUUUACAACGAGAAGAUCCACGAUCUGCUAGCAAACAAUUCUAGUGGUAAUGGAAGCAAACGAGCACCUUUAAAAGUUCGAGAACACCCGGUGUUUGGACCCUACGUCGUCGACUUGAGUCAGCACAGUGUCCAGAGCUACGAAGACCUCCAGAUGUGGCUAAAGGUUGGGAAUUCUCAGCGAGCUACUGCUGCUACGGGAAUGAACGAGAAGAGCUCGAGGUCACACAGCAUAUUUAGUAUUAUUUUGACCCAAGGUCCGAAGAAGUCUGAAUCUUCUAAUGUGUCAAGCUCUGCUGAAUCUAGUCGACGUAGUAAAAUAAAUCUUGUUGAUCUUGCUGGUAGCGAACGGUUGAGUCAAACUUGCGCAAGUGGUGAUAGAUUGCGGGAAGGAGUUUCAAUUAACAAAUCGUUGCUGAUUUUAGGAAAAGUAAUUGCAUCACUAGCUGAAAGUACUAGCAACAGAAAACGAGGGUUCGUUCCGUAUCGGGAGUCGGUAUUAACAUGGUUAUUGAAGGAAAGCCUUGGAGGUAAUUCAAAAACUGCGAUGCUGGCCACCGUAUCACCCAGCAGCACGCAUUUGGAAGAAACGCUGGCGACCCUUCGUUAUGCGUGCCAAGCUAGGUCUAUUGUCAACCGCGUUCGGAUCAACGAAGAUCCUCAUGAUAAACUGAUAAGAGAGCUUAAAGCUGAAGUAUUGAGACUGCGUGGAGUUAGAGAAAAUUAUGAGCGGCAAUUAGGCCCAAGGAGGUUAUUAGACAGCGGGGAUUCAGGCAAUGACAAUUUAGAGAUACAGAAAAAACAACUGGAGAUUGAACAAUUGAGAGACCAAUUGAAGCGGACUGAAGAACAGCUUGUUACAAAUCAGAAGUCUUGGAAAGAAAAAUUACAGGAAGCUGAGGAGCGUAAAAAAUCUGAGAUUAAUUAUCUGCGACACUGUGGGAUAGCUAUUGAAUUAGACUACAAGGAAAUAAAGUCGACUCCUUGUUUGGUCAAUCUUGCAGCGGAUCCUAUGCUCUCUGGUACGCUACUGUAUCUUAUUCCUCACGGAAAAGUGCGUAUAGGGCGGCAAAGCAAGCAGGUUGAUCCAAUUGACAUUGUCCUGGAUGGACCAUUAGUUGCUCCAUUUCACUGCACGAUCGAAAAUAACAAAGGAGUAUUGAGCUUGAUGCCUGAAGCGAAUGGUGACACUUACGUUAAUGGACAGAUGGUAUGCGAUAAACUUUAUUUGAAGCAUGGAGAUCGUUUAGUCAUCGGCGGUAAUCAUUAUUUUAAAGUAUGCAAUCCAAAUGAAGAUAAUUCGAAUGUACAAAGUAAUAAUCAGCCUAUUGAUUAUGAAUUUGCGCAUCAAGAAAUACUCGCUAUUCAAGAGGAAAAACUACGAGCUGAAUUGGAAGAAUCGAAGCGUAGAGCGAUAAAAGAACUUGAGAACGCAAAAAGAGAAGUUGAAACGCAGUUGGGAUCGCAGAAAACUACUUACGAGCGUGAGAUAAAAAUGCUCGGGACAACUUUAGAGCAACAGAAACUCGCUUUAGAAGAAGUUAGUAAGAGGAAACGACAAUUGGAGGUUGAGAAAGAGAUGCUUACGUACCAAAUAGAAGAAAAUAAAAGACGUGAAACGGAAGACUCUAAAAUAAAUGUCGAGCCUUACGAGUCGAAUUUUCUCCAAGAACUGAAAAAAAUUUUGAAUGAAGCAACUGCUGACGCUGAAGUGGCUCUUACAAUUGCGGCUAGCAAUGAAAUUAUUGCAGAAGGCGGUAUUACAUUACACGAAAUGCAACUUUUGGUUAGAGAAGCUACUCAGCGUUGUCGAGAUAUUGGAAUUAAUUAUGAAUUUGCGCAGUCACGAGUUAUUUCAGAGAAAGGUCUGCAACCAGUUAUAAGAAUUAGAGAUCGUGAUCGUAUGCUAGAGACUGUAUGGCAGCCGGAAAACUUUCUAGACUGGGUACGACGACUCCGCGACUUCGACAAUGAAGACACCAUAAAAGAAUUGGUUGAUUGCGACGGUACUAAUUGGGAAAUGUUUGAUGAAAGUGAAAUGCCUGAAGAUUCCUUAGACAUGAGUCGUAUAUCUGUGAAUCUAACGCCAGUAAAAAGACAAUUGAAUGAAAGUUUCCACCAGUUAUCAAUGAACGGCUCAUUUUUGGACUCGACGAUAGACAAAACAACGGACUCUGCUGUACUGAGGAGAUACGAAGACAUGGAUGCGUGUCUGCUGCAGAUAGAAGUUGCUGCUAAGACCCUCGGAAAGUUGUGUCAUCAGUAUGAAAGCCGUGAGACAAGUGGAGAGGUCACUAAAUCGUUGGAUAAAGUUCGCAAUGUCGUCUCUACAUUGAGAGAAACGUUUAAUUCGUUGCAUAAGACCAACGAUAAUAGUACAAAUAUUGAGAGUUCUAACAAUACUGUCAUUGAGAACUCCGUUGCUUCCGUAAACCAAAUUAAUAACGAAAAAUUAAACAAAUUCGAUGAUAAUAGAACAUCAGAAAGUAAUACAUUCCGAUGUCCUUUUUCACAAGACAAUAACUCUAAGUCCGUACGAUUUAAUGUUAAAUAAUAUAUAUUUGUUUAAACAUAACUAAACAUAUCUUUAGAUUUAAUAUUUAAAAUAUUGAUAGACUAAUUUCAUAAUAUAAGUGUUUUGAUUAGCGAAUGCCAGGUCCUAAAUACAAGUCAUUGGACCGAUAUUGGUGGCCGAAAUUUUUUAUUAAUAUUUAUUACGUUUAUCUCUUAAUAAUUCGUGUUGUUUUUAUUAAUAAUUAUUAUUAUAAUAUAUUUUAGUCUUGCCUUGUAUUUUUUAAGAAAAUGAAAAACAAAAUAGAUAAGAAUAAAAAAAAGUAGUGAUACGUCACUAAUACUUACUUGUAAGUAAAGUCUCUCGAGAAUGCUUACUAUAAAUAGUAAGACUGAUUAUCAUUAUUAAUAAAUAAUUAGAUAAUUACAUAAACGAGUUUUAUAAAAACAAUAAGUAAUCUGUUAAGAUAAAUUUACUAAAAUUUUUAUUAUCAAUUUUAUAUUAAUAUUAACUUUAAAUAUAAACAUAAGACAUUAUGAUUUAAUAAGUUCAAAUGCAAUGAACAAAACAAAGUUUCAUUUAGAAUAAAGAUUUUUUAUAUUCUAUUCAA